UCCGGUUUAUCUCCACAUUUCUUUCUUUUUUGUCCCAUAAUUAUUGUACUCAUUGCGCCCCUAAACUGUCUCUCCCCCUCACGCACGCGGCCUCACCUUGGUGGCGCAUGGUAGUGGCCGCCGCCGCCGUGUUUCCACCUCCUCCUCGGCUGCCGCCUGUAACAACCCUAAUUAAAUAGUUUAAUUUAUUUCUAUCCCAUUGUUAAUUGUAUACAAUAAAAGUUCCAAGGUAGGUAUGAGAAUACCAUGGAAAUUAGCCUUCUUCUCUUACCUGACCGCCGUUUCUUUCUUUUCUCACCCAUGCAAAGCACAAGAUUAUGACGAUGAGAAGCCCACGACACCGCCUCCCGAGCAGCAACGCUGCAACGGGAUAUACGUGAGUUACAACUUCCUAGGCCGCGAAAAGAUAUAUCCAUUGGUGACGAACACGUCGGCUCAGGCGUGGGCGUUCAAGGCAACCCUGACGGUCUUGAACGCCGGCGCCUACGAGCUGAAAUCGUGGAAGGCUUUCGUGGGGUUCCAGUACAACGAGCUGUUGGUUUCCGUCGACGGGGCGGUUGUUGUGGCGGACGGAGACGGCAGUUUCCCUAUCCAGGUGGGCAAGAAUGGCACGGUGUUCUCCGGGUAUCCGGUGUCCGACUUGAAGACGGCAAUCGACACCGCCGGAGAUCUGCCGCAGAUGCAGUCGCAGGUGAAUAUAAAGGGUACGCAGUUUGGGUUGAGGGAGAAGGCGACGCCUUUGCCGAAGAACAUCAAGCUCUUAAAUGAAGGAUAUAAGUGCCCUUCUCCUAAACAUUAUUCAAACCAUAUGAGCAUGUGUUGCACGAGGGAUCCAAAGUACAAAAACAAGAAGCUGAAGACGAAGUUCUUGCCCCGACAGAAGGGGGACCUCAGCUUUACGUACGACGUUCUGUCGGCGUACGAGAACAAGUACCUGGCCCAAGUCACAAUUGAGAAUAACAACCCAUUGGGCCGCUUGGACCACUGGAACUUGACUUGGGAGUGGAUGCGGAACGAGUUCAUUAACACCAUGCGAGGCGCCUUCCCACACGUCAAGGACCCAUCCGAAUGCAUCUACGGCCCACAGGGCCAGUACUACAUGGACAUGGACUUCAGCACCGUACUCAACUGCCAGCCCAGGCCCGUCAUCUCCGACCUGCCCCCUUCCUUCGCCCAAGACGAAAAGCUCGGGAAGCUGCCCGAUUGCUGCCGGAACGGCACCUUGCUGCCCAAGACCAUGAACCAGACCAAGUCCAAAUCCGUCUUCCAGCUUGAGGUGUUCAAGAUGCCGCCCGAUUUGAACCGGACCGCCCUUAACCCGCCCCAAAACUGGAACAUCGUGGGCCAACUCAAUCCCACUUACAAAUGUGGGGCCCCCAUUCGGGUCGACCCGAGUGAGUUCCCCGACCCGAUGGGGACCGCCAUGACCACUACAGCCGUCGCGACCUGGCAGGUCUCGUGCAACAUCACGCGACCCAAGGCAAAGCACGCCAAGUGCUGCGUCUCAUUCUCAGCCUACUACACGGACUCCGUGGUCCCGUGCAACACUUGCGCGUGCGGGUGUUCGGAGGAGAAGACGAGGCGGUGCAAUCCUGAUGCACCGCCUCUGCCGCUCCCCGCUGAGGCUCUGCUCGUGCCCUUCGCGAACCGUACUCAGAAGGCGUUGGCCUGGGCCGACAUCAAGCACCACAAGGUUCCCAAGAAGCUCCCGUGCCCGGAUAACUGCGGAGUCAGCAUCAACUGGCACGUGGACUCGGAUUACCGAACGGGGUGGACCGCCCGGAUGACGCUGUUCAAUUGGGGGGACGAGCCGUUCGCGGACUGGUUCACGGCCGUGCAGCUCAGAAAGACCGGGCGGGGGUUCGAAAAUGUGUACUCCUUCAACGGGACGAGGUACCCCAGCCUGAACAACACCAUCUUCAUGCAGGGGCUGCCGGGGCUGAAUUACCUGGUGGGAGAAGUGAACGGAACUCACCCGGCGACGGACCCGAGGGUGCCCGGAAAACAACAGACGGUGAUCUCGUUCUUGAAGAAGGGCCUCAAAAACAUCAACAUUAAGAAAGGAGACGGGUUCCCCAGCAAGGUCAUCUUCAACGGUGAAGAGUGUGCCCUGCCCACCCACAUUCCCAAGAGAUCCAGUGCGGCGGCCCGGCCCGGCAUCUUCACACCCCUUUUUCUCGCUUUCUUGACUUCAUUAUUUGUUGCUCUUGUUUGCUGACCGGUUACACUCAU